AUGGCGGAGUCCACCCACGACCACCUGUUCAAGCUGCUCAUCAUCGGUGACUCGGGAGUCGGGAAGUCUUCCAUCCUGCUUCGCUUUUGCGACGAUGAGUUCAAUGAGAAGCAGGCUUCCACCAUUGGCGUGGACUUUAAGACCAAGUUCAUGCAAGUCCGGGGCAAGAAGCUCAAGCUUGCACUUUGGGACACUGCCGGCCAGGAGCGAUUCCGAACCCUCACCUCUUCGUACUAUCGCGGAGCGCAGGGAAUAAUCCUCUGCUAUGACUGCACCCAGCGGAGCAGCUUCGAGCAUGUGAAGUUCUGGCAGGAUGAGGUCAGGAAGUACUCCACCAACCAGGAUGCCAUCUUGAUGCUCGUCUCCAAUAAGGUCGACCUGGCUGACCAGCAGGUAACCCGAACGGAGGGCGAGGAGCCGCCUUCUGCCGCAAUUGGUAGAGCCUGGUUCGAGUGUCCUUCGCGUCUUGUGCUGUUGUCCUUCUUGACGAAGCCUCCUGCCCUUUGCCAAGAUUUGCAUGCGUUCCGCAGGGUUGGUCUCCGGCGUUAUGGAGGAAAGUCUGCAGAAUCAGAAGUGGCUCCCAUUUUCCUGGUCCGCCAUGGGCAAUCCACCUGGAACCUGGCAGCAAAGCGGCUAGACCUCUGGACCAUGUUCAGCCAGGUGGAUCACGCGUUGACUGCGGAGGGCGUGGCCCAGGCCUCUCGGCUGCGGACCUCAAGCGAGGCAGCCCUCAGUCGGGGAGACGUUGAGGCGGAGCAGUUCCUGUCCCCUGCGACACGGGUCUUUGCGUCCCCUCUCUCACGGGCGGUGGCAACCAGCAUCGUGGCAUUGGGGCUGGAGAGGAAGAUGACGCUGCUGCCGGACGCACGUGAGCUGGCCUACCCAUGGUGUGGACCAGACUCGAUCGGUGCUGCAGUUGGAGAGGGCAUUCCUGAAAGAGCAAUUCAAGGACUAUGCAAGGUGGAGUCCAGCUACUGCAACGCAUCGACAGCAGAAUUGGCCGCGAAGAUGAUCGACGCCUCUGCCGCCAACGAUGUUUGGUGGAAUCGAUUUCGUGAGUCCCGCAGUCAGAUGCAGCAGAGGCUCGGAAGCCUUCUGAACAAGCUUCGCCCUGCCGACGACCUUUCCUCGGCGAGCAUAUUGGUAUGUCACAGCCUGCUGAUCCAGCGCCUCUUCAAAGACUUUGCAUCACCACAGAUGGAGGCAGAGAUGCCACAGCUAUUGUCCCAGCUGCGAGCGAAGAAGCUGCAGAACUGCGGUGUGGUGAAAGUCUUGCUUGACGACCACGGCUUAAUCAGCGGCGCCCAGCUCAUCUUUGAUACCAAGCUUGUGUAA